AUUGCAUGCUGCAUCAGGAAAAAAAUAUGGACAAACAUUCCGGCGUUGAAAGUGGUCAGCCUUCUGUUAAUAAAAGCCCAAAUGAUAAGAAAGAUUACAGGGUUGUGAAGCUAGACAACGGCAUAACUGCACUGCUGAUAAAGGAUGUUGACAACACUAACAGCAAGGAAGAUGAUGAGCAUGAUGAUGAAGAACAAGAGAUGGAGGAGGAGGAGACGGAAGGAGAUGAUGGAGCUGGGCUCGAAGGAGGAGAUGGGAACUUAUCUGUGAAGAGGAGGAAGCAGGAAUCCUGCGGUACCGAUGAUGGAGAGAUGGAAGAAGAGCAGGAAGAGGAGGAGGAGGAACUAGAAGGAGGAGAUGAGGAAGAGGAGGAGGGAGAAGAGUCAUCCCAACGAAAGAAACCCAAGAAACAAUCAAAGAUGGCAGCAGCAGCUCUCUGUGUUGGUAUUGGUAGCUUUAGUGAUCCAGACGAUAUCCCGGGGUUUGCUCACUUUCUAGAACACAUGGUGUUUAUGGGGAGUGCUAAGUAUCCCGAUGAGAAUUCUUUUGAUGCCUUCAUCACGAAACAUGGCGGUAGCGACAAUGCCUCAACAGGAUUUGACAAAACCGUGUUUCAGUUUGAGGUCCAGAGGAAGCACUUUCAAGAAGGUCUAGACAGGUUUGCUCAGUUCUUCACCGAGCCUCUUCUCAAGGAAGAUUCGACAGACAGAGAGCUAGAAGCAGUGGAUAGUGAGUUUCAGAUGAGUGUACAGAACGACUUCCAUCGUAAGCAGCAGAUGAUGAGUGUGUUCUGCAGGGAGGGGCAUCCUAUGGGAAAGUUCACUUGGGGUAACUCUAAAUCCCUGAAGCUCGACCCUGCUGCUAAGAGCAUCAAUGUUCAUGAGAGACUGAAGCAGUUCAGGAAACGGAUGUACUCGGCUCAUUACAUGACACUGGUGGUCCAGUCAAGAGAUUCUCUGGAUGAUUUGGAGCUUUGGGUGAGGGAGGCAUUUAGCAAUGUCCAGAACAAUUCUUUGGAGAGGCCCUCCUUCACAUCCUGUGGUCAGCCGUUCCAACAUGAGAAAUUCCACAAGCUUUACAAAGUUGUACCAGUCCAAGAUCAGCAUACCCUGGACCUGACAUGGUCCAUGCCCUCUCAACAGAAACACUACAGAUGCAAACCUCUUCACUAUCUUGGCUGGCUGCUAGGCCAUGAAGGAAAAGGAAGCAUUAUGGCUCUUCUCAAGAAACGAGCUCUGGCAUUGAGGUUGUACUGUGGUAACUCAGAGAGCAGUACCGAACACAACGAGACGUAUGCUGCGUUCAGCUUCAAUAUCGUACUGUCAGACGAGGGCCUGAAGAGAGUGGAUGAGGUGUUGGUGAUUAUCUUUCAAUAUAUCAACAUGCUGCUCAAGGAAGGCCCACAGAAGAGAAUAUUUGAUGAAAUCAAGAUAGUGGAUGACAAUGUCUUCAGGUUCUUCUCAGAGAUGGACCCUAUAGACAACGUAGAGGACAUGUCAGAGAGGAUGCACCUGUACCCCACAGAGGAAUACAUUACAGGCCCUCUAAUACAGACAGAAUACAAUGAGCAGCUGAUCAGGGACUGCACCAAUCCCCUGUCUCCAGACACAGCCAACAUCAUCAUCUCGUCCAAAGAGUUUGUUGGUAAGACGGAUCAGAAGGAGGAGUGGUUCGGAACCGAGUUCAUCGUCCAAGACGUCCCAACUGAGUGGAAGGCAAAGAUGAAGAAUGCUGGUUUGAACCCUGAUCUGUACCUGCCGACACCCAAUAAAUUCAUUGCAACUGAAUUUGACCUGAACAAGCCUGAUGUACCAGACACAGAUUACCCAACAUGCAUCUUGGAUACAGAGCACAGCAAGCUAUGGUAUAGACGAGAUACCAAGUUCAGCAUGCCCAGAGCAUCCAUGUACUUUCACUUCAUGACCCCUCUGGUCAACCUCUCACCCAAACACGCCGUGACCUUUGACCUGUUUGUGUGCCUGUUGGAGCAUCAGUUGACGGAGACGGCGUACGAGGCUGAGGCGGCCGAGCUGAGCUACACACUGAAGGCCUUGGAGAGUGGGCUUGAAAUCAAACUCUACGGUUUUAAUCACAAGCUUCCACUUCUGUUUGAGACUAUCGUGGAUGUUAUCGCAAAUUUCACCUUCUCUCAAGAAAUGUUUGUGGCUGUGAAGGAAAACCUGAAGAAUUCUUACCAUAACUACAUCCUCAAGCCAGCCAAAGUCUGCAGGGACUUGAGACUGUCCAUCCUUCAGAAGGUCAAGUGGACAGCGAUGGACAAGGACAGGGUUGUCCAAGCGGUCAGCUCGACGGACGUUAUGAACACGGCCAAAGACUUCCGUUCCAGGUUUUUCUUUGAGGCAAUGGUGCAGGGCAAUUUCUCCUCAAAGGAGUUCAUCAGCCUAGAGCAGUACCUCCGGGAGAAGCUCAGCUUUGCACCCAUCCCCAAAUCGGAGAGACCUGUCACCAGAGUGAUGGGCGUGCCAGGGGGCCACACCCUGAGAUGGAAAGCAUACAACCAGUCCGAUGCUAACACCGUCAUCACAAACUACUUCCAGGCUGGUCCUGGGACCGUCAGGAGUCUCAGUGUUCUUGAUGCGCUCAUGACUGUCAUGGAAGAGCCCUGCUUCAACAUUCUGAGAACACAGGAACAAUUAGGGUACACAGUUAAUGCAUCAAUGAGGAACACCUUUGGAAUUCUGGGCUUUGCCAUUUCAGUCAACACACAAGCAAACAAAUUCAGUGCCAGCUAUGUUGACGGUUGCAUGGAUGCCUUCCUAGUGACGUUCAGUGAUCAGCUGGAUCAGAUGAGCGAAGAGGACUUCAGGACCCAGGUGGAAGGUUUGAUCAACAUCCUUCAGUGCGAGGACUCGUCCCUCCUGGAAGAAUCGGACAGGAACUGGAGCUAUGUUCUCAACCAGGAGUAUACCUUUGACAGGAUACACAAGAAGGUUGAGGUUCUGCGAUGUUUGACGUUAGCUGAUAUUAAGACAUGCUUCAGGGAGCACAUCCAGGGCGGGACUAACUUCCGCAAACUGAGUGUUCAGGUCAUUGGUUACGGUGAGCACGAGAAAAGCAACCCCAUAAACGCUUCCACCAAUGGAGAUACAGAAGUAGAUGACAUCGCAAUCACAUCAGCCAAUCAGAUUGCAGAUGAGAUAGAUGCAGCCAAUCAGGGAUCAGUCCAUUCAAAAUUGGACCAAUCAGAGUCGAGAGUUCUACCACAGGAUGAGGGCGUGUCAGGGGCGUGUAUAGCAGACAUCAGGACAUUUAAACAAGAUUUAUCGGUUCUUCCAAUCAGUAAGAUAGAUCGUUGAUGAAGGCCUAUGAUUUAGACUAGUAAGGUAGUUUACUUAUUUAGAUGAGGAGAUAUGUGGAUAUAUAUUUGGUCAAAUUGGAGAAUUUUUGCAACAUAUUUAUGAUGGGAAUGCAGAAAUCCUUCCUCUUUUUAUCAAUCCAGGGUGGUCAACAAACAAACAUAAUUACAAUUUAGAGGAGUACCGGUAUGAACUAAUGCAUGAAGUGCAGAUUCCCUUGCGGCCCAGGUGCAACUUUGAAGUUUUUAGAUGCUCUAAAGUACAAUCUGGACAUUAUUUUGAAUUAUUUUCAACCAAAUAACUCAUAUUUCUUCCUAGUAAUUGUUGAGAAUGGCUUUGAUUUUUUGAUUAAAAAAAAAAAAAUCAUGUUUCCAUUAAAAUUUUAGUCUGUAUUUGAUUUCCAAACCAGUUAUUGUAAAAUUUCAAACCCUCUGCCGUUACAUGUUAAAGCUACAUAGUAUUCUGUGUCCAUGUGUAUUGGUUCGUAAUUCGCUGACACCAGAUUGGGUUGAAUUACCAAUUAAUGUGUCUGUGUGUGCAAAGAUCUCUGAAGCAUUGAACCCGUGGUCCCACCGGAAACUAAUCCAACUUGCCUUCCUAUCUCAAGGGUGAGGGAAAUUUGAUAUUAUGAGAAUUCUAUAUGGCGAUAGACUAGGCACGUGUGCUAACAAGACUUGUCGGUGGUAAAAGUGAAGUCCAUUCUAGGUGACUGACAACACCUGUUAUUGGGUAAACACUAGAAUGGUGUCUAAUUCCCCAUGAAAGCACACUACUAUGUGUCUUUGAAACCCCUUGUAGAUCACCCUGCCAUCUCUUGUAAGUCUCUUCUCUCUGUCUCUUUGUCUGUCUGUCUGUCUCUGUUCGUCACUGUCUCACUUUCUCUCGUUCUAUAUGCCAGUGGCAGUUUUCUUUGUCUUCCACUUCCGUUGAUAUUUCUAGUGUAACACACUGGAAGGAAUGAAAUAAUCUAGUACCCACAGUCUAUAGCAUACCUCUCAGAUUUACAUGUAGCAAUAGACCGUUUACUAACAUAUUUAAAUUAAUGGAUGUUUCUUUCCUGGGGACCUAGUGACAAGUUAUUCCAUUCACCUGUCAUUAAUGAAUGAACUUUAAUACUCAGAAUCCAGUCUACUUAUGUUACUUGUUACUAUGUCCGGUUAGCCUCAGGCAAGCUUUCUGGUUGAAUGACAACCUUUACUUUAAAAAGUAUGCAUACAAUUUGAAUAUGUUAUUAAACAGGUCUUGUCUAUUAUAAAGUAUUGAAUUGUAUAGUGUUGGUCUACAGUGAUGUUGGGAUUUAAAGCUGUAUAAUGCUUGGCUCAAAAUAAUUUCUGGAAGUUUAAUUUCUCAAACUAUUGCCCUUGAUAAAUUGGCCAAAUUAGAAAAUCUGUACCAAUGUAUCUAUGAUUGUAA